AAACUGAUUUAAAGUAAAUACAAGUUAUCCUUAUAUGCAGAAAUAGUUAAAGGUGGUUAUGUACCCAACCUUGCUUUCAGAAGCUUGCCACAUUCUAAGUAAUUUAGUUGUAUCUAAGCUUUAAAUCCUUAGUUACCUUUGGAACUGAAUAAUAUACACUGUUUAUAGUUGUUACUCCUUGCUGAUCUCUGUUAUCAAUAGUUCAGCAUUAACUAUAUAUGUAGAGUAACUUCACUAAUCUUAGAACUAAGUUGAGUAUUUAAGACUGUGUUUUUGAUGGAAGGUUCCAUCUUUCUCUUGCUCUUCUCUAUUUCAGAUAGAUUUGUGUCACAAUUGAGCACCUACAAAUUAGGUGCAAGGAGAUUACAUAUGAAGACACUUUAUUGAAACACCAAGUCAUGAAGAAAACUUCCAAGAGGAGUAAUGAGUUGAGAGUUUCUGAUACCCAAUCGAACUCUGUGGAUUCUGAGAAGGAUAAAAACAAGAGUCAAAUAAACUUUGAUCAGCUUCCUCUAGAAGUCACUUUAAAAAUUUUCAGUCAACUGGACAUUCAAAGUUUGUGCAGAGCUUCUGUAACUUGCAGGGAAUGGAAUGAUACAAUACAAAGUAGUGAUUCUAUAUGGAAGCCUCACUGCUUGUCUUUAAGGACUGUGUGUCAGCGAGAAAUAGAUGAUGAUCUACAAAGUGGUUACUCCUGGAGGGUAACACUGCUGAGAAAUUACCAGAAGAGUAAAGUGAAACAUGAAUGGCUAAGUGGCAGAUACAGCAACAUAUCCUCUUCCUUUAGUCUACCAGAGACAAUCAUGUACCCAAUGGAUGCAGACACAUGGGGGGAAAUUCUAGAAGCAGAGCUGGAAAGAUAAGUGAAAA